GGGCCGGGAUGGACGCGCUCAAGUCCGCGGGUCGCGCCCUGCUCCGCAGCCCCAGCGUGCACAAACCCUCCUGGGCCAGCGGCCGGCACAAGAAGCUCCCAGAGAACUGGACCGAUACCCGUGAGACGCUGCUGGAGGGGAUGCUCUUCAGCCUCAAGUACAUGGGCAUGACCCUGGUGGAGCAGCCCAAGGGGGAAGAGCUCUCUGCAGCAGCCGUCAAAAGGAUCGUCGCUACCGCAAAAGCAAGCGGAAAGAAACUGCAGAAAGUGACUCUGAAAGUGUCCCCCCGAGGGAUCGUGUUAAACGACAGCAGAACGAACGAGCUGAUCGAGAACGUCUCCAUAUACAGGAUAUCCUACUGCACGGCAGACAAGACCCACGAUAAAGUGUUUGCCUACAUUGCCCAGAACCAGCUCAAUGAGAACCUGGAGUGCCAUGCCUUCCUCUGUACCAAACGGAAAAUGGCACAAGCAGUGACCCUCACCGUGGCCCAGGCCUUCAAAAUCGCGUUUGAGUUCUGGCAGGCAGCGAAGGAAGAGAAAGAGAAGCGGGAAAGGUUGGAAGGAGAAGGGACAAGCAGCCCCAGCUCGGGAGCCCCUGCCCACCCUGACACACCAGCAGCCACGGGGAACUUGCUGGAUUUAGAAGCUCCUGCCAAAUCACCCAUGACCAGCAGCACAAACUCCCCACACCUGGAUAACAGCAUGUUCGGGCCCAGCUCCUCUGUGAACAACAACAUGGUGUGGGAAAUGGAUGAUGGUCUCGACGAGGCAUUUUCAAGGUGAGUUUCCCUGUGUGUGUGCUUGUGCAGGCAGCCCCUGCAGGGUGAUGGGGAUGCUUUAGGGUACAGGGGUCCCAGCCUCCAGCUCUGGGCAUGAAGCCACCCAACUGGGUGCUGCAGAAGCCCCAGUUUGGGCAAUGAGCUGCCUUGGAUGCAGCUGGUGCAGGCAGCAAAGAGCUCCCAGGCUCCUGCUCCAACUGGGACAUCCCGGAAGAGGGAGCUGAGCCCAAGGCUGUCACCUCCCCAAGAGCCGCUCGCCUCCACCCAGGUUUACAGCAGUGCAAAAACUGCACGCUCAGCCCUAAGGAAGCAGACCUUCGUGCCUUGUUUGGCGCUCAGGAAUGAGUUACAGCUUCCACUUCCACAGUGGCCCUGUCCCAAGUUGUAUUCGAUAAAGGGGCUGCUUGAAUUUACAUCUUAGUGUCAUCUGUUUUCCUCACCUCUGUUCCUUGCCCUACUUAAUGAAGCAGAUGUUGUUGGCUGUGGUGUUCUGGUUUGCCUUGCUGGGUGCUGACAGUCACAUCAGCCUUGGCCUUGUGGUGACUCAGUGUUUGGGUUGCUCAUCCACUGGGGCGAGUGCUUCUCAAAGCGCUCCUGCCACAGCAUCAUCGCUGGACUCUUCUUUAUUAAGAGAUGUGUUCAGGCUGAGGCCAUGCCUCCCUGGAUGAAGCACCAAAUACUUGAGUUAACCUUUGGCCCUGGGAGAAUUGAUGCUGCAGUGGUACAUUUUCACAGAGGUAUUUAAUAACACAGCAAUAAAUGGGGGCUUGUUAGCUUUUGCGAAACAUCUCGUGAUUCUAUGAUCGGGGAUGUGCUGACAUGACCUCUUGAAGCUGAUCCUGUGGGUACUAAACAUCAUCUGAGUCCUGCUGUGUCUUAACCCACGCUGUUAAAUGCUCAGGCCAGGGAGCACAGUCUGUGUAUGCACACACUACUGUGAAAACUCAUCUGUGGUCAGCAGAGCCCUGCACUGAGCUCAAACCCAGCUAAGGAUGCACCCGCCAACAAGAGCCCAGGGGAGGAGAGCGGCACCGUUCUGCCAGACCAUUAAUACCUGGGAUGUCCAGGCUGUAAAUUCCCUGGAUGCCCAUAGGGGAAAUGUUAGGGUAAACCAGCAGCAAAUGUUAUGUGCCAGCUCUCCCCUUACUGAAUUAUUUCCUCCACUGGAGGAUUUUGAAAUGUGGAACUGCAGCUGGGGUUCAGCAUUAUGGAUGCAGCAAGCAUCCAGGCUAUGAACUGCACAGAUUUGUGUCCUUACUUUCUGUUUUUCUUCCCUGUUAGACUGGCUCAGUCGAGAACAAACCCUCACGUCCUUGACACAGGACUGACAGCUCAAGACAUCCAGAGUGCAGAAACGCUCUCGCCAGUAGACUGGAACAAAAUAGAUUCCAACACAGGCGAGAAAGAUGAUCUGUUCAUGUU